AUGGUGCGGUGGUUUGAGCAACAACGAGAGAGACGUAGAGUUAAAAGAGAUUAUAAGCCGUAUGAAGGGGCUCUAUGGUCCCAACUAGCGAGGCGACCAGCAUCACAUCGUACGCGACAUCGUGCUAUAACACCAUCUCUUUUCCCUGAUCCAUUGUUCAAAGAACAGUGGUAUUUAAAUGGCGGAGCAAAGGAUGGAUUAGACAUGAAUGUAGCACCGGCGUGGCAAAAAGGUUAUACAGGGAAAGGCGUAGUGGUCUCCAUUCUGGACGAUGGAAUUCAAACUAAUCAUCCGGACCUUAAACAGAAUUAUGACGCUCUUGCAUCAACUGAUAUCAACGGUAAUGACGAUGACCCCAUGCCUCAAGAUAAUGGAGAUAACAAACACGGUACUCGAUGUGCAGGGGAAGUAGCAGCAGUUGCGUAUAACCAAUACUGCGGUGUUGGUAUAGCUUACAACGCAAGUGUAGGCGGUGUUAGAAUGUUAGACGGAAUUGUCAAUGACGCAGUAGAAGCUAGAGCUCUAGGUUUAAAUCCUGAUCAUAUUGACAUCUACAGUGCCUCAUGGGGACCUGAAGAUGAUGGGAAAACCGUUGAUGGUCCAGGACCUCUUGCAAGAAGAGCAUUUAUCUAUGGGGUGACAAGCGGCCGAAGGGGCAAGGGUAGUAUAUUUGUUUGGGCUUCCGGCAACGGAGGCCGACAUACAGAUUCAUGUAACUGUGAUGGGUAUACAAACAGUAUAUUUACUUUAUCAAUAUCUAGUGCUACUCAGGGUGGAUAUAAACCAUGGUAUUUAGAAGAGUGUUCAUCUACAUUAGCCACUACAUACAGUUCAGGAACUCCUGGUCAUGACAAGAGUGUUGCUACGGUUGACAUGGAUGCCAGAUUGAGACCCGAUCGUAUCUGUACCGUAGAACAUACCGGUACAUCUGCUUCAGCGCCAUUAGCGGCUGGUAUAUGCGCGUUAGCCUUAGAAGCAAAUCCAGACUUAACAUGGAGGGAUAUGCAAUAUCUCGUAGUUAUGACAUCUAGACCCCAACCGCUAGAGAAAGAAAGUGGUUGGAUUGUUAAUGGAAUAAAAAGAAAAGUAAGUCACAAAUUUGGUUAUGGCUUAAUGGAUGCUUCUGAAAUGGUAAAUUUAGCUGAACAGUGGGUAUCGGUCCCUCCACAACAUAUUUGUAAAUCACAAGAAAUAAACGAAGACAAAGCUAUAGAUUCUUCCUAUGGAUACACUUUAAAAGCACAUAUGGACGUUACGGGGUGCAGUGGAACUGUAAAUGAAGUUAGAUUUUUAGAACAUGUGCAGUGCAAGAUAUCUUUGAGAUUUUUCCCUAGGGGUAACUUGCGUAUCCUACUCACAUCUCCUAUGGGAACAACAUCGACAUUAUUAUUUGAACGACCUCGAGAUGUAGUAAGUUCCAAUUUUGAUGACUGGCCUUUCCUAAGUGUACAUUUCUGGGGUGAGCGAGCAGAAGGUAGAUGGUCCCUUCAAAUUGUAAACGCUGGUAAUAGACAUGUUAACCAGCCUGGUAUUUUAAAGAAAUGGCAGUUAAUAUUCUAUGGAACUAAUGUUGAUCCUGUUCGAUUUAGUACGAAACGACCGUCGGCUUUGGGACCUCCUUUCGGUUUCCCAACUGGAGUAGAUGGCUACGAUACAGUCGGGGAUUCUUUUUAUAAUACUGACGCGUUUACCAAUUACCAGAACUUUCCUUCAUUAUUUGCUGCUGGAUCUGAUCCAGAAAAAGCAAUAGCCCGUCUUGACGGACAUAAUAUCCCUUCAACGCAUGGGGAGAAUGUCCUCGCUGAUAGUAAUGAUAAGCGUGUCAUGCAUGACUGUGAUCCCGAAUGCGAUGCCCAAGGAUGCUAUGGAAAAGGACCUACACAAUGCAUCACCUGCAAGCACUAUAGACUUGACGAUGCUUGUGUUUCUCGAUGCCCACCGAGAAGUUUUGCAAACCAAGGAGGAGUGUGCUGGCCAUGUCACGAGUCAUGUGAAACUUGCAUUGGACCUGGACAAGAUUCUUGUUUGACUUGUGCCCCCGCACAUUUAUUGGUUGCUGACUUAGCCGUCUGUUUGCAACAAUGCCCUGACGGAUACUAUGAAGACAGUGAUGCAUCUGUUUGUCGGGCAUGUGCUAUGCAUUGUUCGACAUGUUCUGAUAGAGCCGAUGCUUGUACCUCAUGUGAACAUCAUCUUGUUUUAUACAAUGGUACUUGUUGUGCGUCUUGUCCACCCACAACAUACGAAACUGAAGAUGAUUCUUGCGCUAGUUGUCAUACGUCGUGCGACACGUGUAUGGGACCAGGACCAGUCCAGUGUAUUACUUGUCAUCCAUCAAAUUACAUCCUUGAUGGACGCUGCAUUAACUCAUGCCCGAGUGGAUAUUACGCCGAUAAGAAACGGAAAGAAUGUCUAAAAUGUCCAGUUGGUUGUUCCAAUUGCUUAAGUUCAUUUUGCUUAAGUUGCGACACUAAUUGGGAAUUAAAUAAAAAGGGUAAAUGUCUCCCCGUUGGCAAUGAUCGUUGCAGUGCUGGUGAAUUUUCUUCUAGCAACGUUUGUCAAAACUGUAAUGAAGCGUGUGAUACAUGCUAUGGCGAAGAAGAAAAGAAUUGCUUAACUUGCCCCGCUCCACAUCUCUUGCAGAACUACAAAUGCGUGUCUGAAUGUGGCCGUGGGUACUAUCCAGAAGCGGGUAGAUGUGCGAAAUGUGUUCAUGGGUGUUCCCAAUGUGCAUCAAGACUUAAUUGCACUAGCUGCGAAGGAUCUUUGCGAUUACAAUCAGGGGCUUGUAGGACUUCGUGUGCCGAAGGGUACUACGCGGACCGUGGAGUAUGUUCUAAGUGCUACCUGUCAUGUCGGACCUGCAGCGGUCCAAGACGGGAUCAGUGCGCUUCUUGCCCGUCUGGUUGGAGGCUAGCAGCUGGAGAAUGUUAUCCUGAGUGCCCACAAGGUUUCUAUAAAACGGAAGACGGUUGCCGCCACUGCCACCACUAUUGCCGUGAAUGUGAUGGCUCUGGGCCUCUACAUUGCAAAUCGUGUCCACCUGGCUUUAUGUUAGAUGGCGGGCUUUGUAUGGAGUGUCUGGGCUCACAGUAUUACGACAAAAGCAGUGGAACGUGUCAUAGCUGUCAUGAUUCGUGUAGAACGUGUUCUGGGCCGGGACAGUUCAGUUGUACCGGGUGCUCGCGACCUUUGAGGUUUGAUAGAUUAAACAACCAAUGUGUACCGUGUUGUUCCGAGUCUAACCAAGCUGCUAAUUCAACCCCAGCAUCGACACCCGACUGCUGUCACUGUCACCCUGACACUGGUGACUGCAUAAACUCAUCCGUGGCGGGAAAGCGGCGUAUAGCAGAGUGGGGUGCCCUUCAAAGCGCCAAUGAUACUCCAGCAAAAACACCUCUUAAUCCAGGAAUGAUGUUGCUGGUAUUUAUCGCUGCUGGAACUAUUGUGGUCGGGCUUAUGGCUGUACAGUUGCAUUGGACGAAGCGGCAACGUCGCGACAGCAAGCAGGGAGCGAUUUAUUCGCCGCUCGCUUGCAGUGAUGACGGUGACGUCACGGUCUUUGCGUCCCGUACUGCCGUCCCUGUGUGCGAGCGGGACAGCGAAUGUCUCGAUCAUGAACACGAAUCACUUCUAGAACAUUCCACAUAG